AUGUCUUCUACCAUCACAGAAUCCGUUCCGGCCACAACCACUAAAAACCUCGCCAUAACCACGCCUUUCGUGCAGCCGCCAGACUGUUCAAACCAAUGGACUACGACAAAAACGUCGCACCGGUCUCUUGUUUCAAUCUCCGGCAGCGAAGUAUACCGCGACGUCAUAUCGAAGGUCUCUGUCUCUGCUCCCUCAUCAUCAUGCUAUCCCUCUGGAUGGGACCGCGUCGCAGAGUACAGCCGGCUCAAUUUCAGCCCGGGCGUGUGCCCCGAAGGAUGGACGUAUUAUAGCAUGGCACACACAUACACCGAGGGCCCUACAUCAGCUUACUGCUGCAAUAGGUGGAGUGGAUUCAAUUACACUCGGGUCAAUGGAAUGGCGUGCGCCGCAUGGCGCCCAAAGACCGAAGCCCUUUCCAACCCCGAGGACGCGAAAUCGGACCAAGUGCUCAUGAUACAUACACCAUGGACCGUGACUUGGGAUGCAUCUGAUACUGCGACCUUGACGCCAAAGCUACCGACAUUGGCGAGCCCAAUGAUAGUACCGACGUGGACAACUGGUCAGACGAUCCCGGAUGGAGUUUAUGACUACAAACCGCCAAGACUUGAGAGUAUGCCUGACCCUACAAAAGACAGUCUUUUCAUGUUCCUAGUGGUUGGAUGUCCUGUAAUAUUUUUCGUGUUGGUCUGCUCAUGCGUGUUUUGCUGCGUAAGGAGCUGCAGAAAGAAGAGGCGGCAGAGAAAGGUUGUGAUUGUCGCGGCAACGCCCGCCGCACCUACUUCGCCACCUAAGUGA